CACUAGUGCAUGUGAGUCCCAGUGUGUGUGCCCCACGAGCUAGCUAAUCGCCACCGCUCUGCACUGGGUUCAUAUGGUAGGGCGCUACGCUUCCAUGAUAACACACAGCGUCUUGGUGGAAGCAUAGCGGCCAACCUCUGGUUCCCCCCCAGGUUAACACUGUCAGCACUGUUGCCAUUGUUAGCACUGUUAGUGAUGGCGGCGGCUCAGUCGUCGCCAUCUGAAGAGCCACGUGGAGGCAAUCCCUCAGUCAUACUGUAGAUAUGCUCUGAAUUUGGAAUUCAGCACCUUUCAUAAUAAUAAUAAUAAUAAAAAUAAGAUCUAAUCUUGUAAGCAGGUGAUUUAAAGUAUUUUAAACUUUCUCUAAAACCAUAUAGGGAUAGAUAUUUAGAUAUUCAGAGUCAGCACAUCAGGACGAUGCAUCAACUCAGUCUAUAGAUAUUCUUCAUUUUUAUAAAUACACAUUACUAUUACUGAGGCUUUUUAUUGGCAGGUAAAUGAUCAGACCUCCAUGUGACUGUAUAUGUAGUGUAUGUGAACCACAACUUGGCUCUAUAAAUGGCAGCAAACAUGUGAUCAGGUUUCCUGAAUAGGACAUACAGUGUCACAUCAGGUCGGCCAAUCAAACGCAGUCUUGUCUCUGAAGAGUAGAAAAAGGAUCUAGGUUUGUUUCACUCAACACAGAAAUUUGAACACGAUGGCAUCUCUAAAGUUUGUCUUCUAUCUCACAUGUUUGCUCUUGGGGAAAAUGGCUCAUGUGACCGGUCUGAUUUCUUCCUCAUCUGUUCGUCAACAGAGAGGUUUUGUAUCAGCUAAUGUUGGAAACAAUGUGACUUUGCAAUGUUUCUAUGAAGAUAGUGAGCCAGCAUCGCUUUACUGGUACAAGCAAACACUGGGACAGGAACCACGGCUGAUCUCUUCCUCAUAUAUGCAUACAACAGCCAUUUUUUAUCAUGAAUUCAAUAACAAUCCACGCUUCACAGUGGAUAUGGAAAACGGUAACAAUCACUUGACAAUUUUUGAUUUGCGCAUUUCAGACUCAGCUAUUUACUACUGCGCAGCUAGUGAGUCACUUGCCUUGUAUUUUGCGGAGGGCACUUUAGUCAGUGUGCAGGGUUCAGGUCUGAACGUCCCAGCUUUAGUCCAGCAGUCAGCAUCUGAGACCGUCGAGCCAGGAGGCUCUGUGACUCUGAACUGUACAGUACACACUGGGACUUGUGAUGGAGAACACAGUGUUUACUGGUUCAGAAACUCUGAAGAAUCUCAUCCAGGACUCAUUUACACUCAUGGACGCAGGAAUGAUCAGUGUGAGAAGAAACCCAACAACAAAACACACACCUGUGUCUACAACCUGCCAAUGAAGAGCCUGAACCGGUCUCAUGUUGGGACCUACUACUGUGCUGUUGCCUCAUGUGGACACAUACUGUUUGGAAAUGGGACCAAGCUGGACUUUAAAGAUGAGGAAGCCUCUCUUGUCUUGGUGUAUUUCUUGAGUGGAGCUUUGGCAUUCACCACCAUCCUGGUUGUUAUACUGGCUCUCUCAGUGUACAAGGUGAACAAGAGAAACAGCUGCCAAUGUGCAGAGUCUCGCGGAAGACUAUCAGCUCCCUUCACAGAAAAUGCAGAGGGUUACAGAGACGCAGACAGCCUCCAUUAUGCUGCUUUAAGUGUCAACCUGCCCAACAGAUCACGGAGACCGAGGAACAACACCAAUGAUGAAUGCGUGUACUCCAGUGUAAAGCAAUAGAUCUGGACAGGUUUCAUUUAUACUUUUACAAUAAAACUGGAUUUAGUCGUAUUUCAAAUGUUGUGUAGAUUUAGAGGUAGAUUUUGAGAUGUAUGUGUAUAUCUUCCUUGUGCUCUAAAGUCAAAAGUUGCAGCUCAGUGUGCCUAGGAAUUAUGUUCAUAUUUACAUCUCACGGUUUACGCCCGAUGCCAACAUGCAGUGCCAAUGCAGGAAGAAGUGUGCACUUUACGUAGUGAGGCGGAGAGUAUGGUGUGCAUGUACAGCAUUGCAUCAGAUUUUUGUGCACAAGACCGGAGUUCACAUCUAUUAAGUAUACGCUGCUUCCUCUUCUUGGAAUCAGUUACAAAUUGACAAAUUUUUGAGAGCUGGUCUCACUGAAUGUCUUUAAAAUUCUAAAGUAUUGUCUUGCAAUAAAAUAAAAUAAGUAUUUCUAAAAGACUUGGAAGCGAGCACAUCUGGCUGUAGAAGUUUUGAAUGCUAAUGAAUGUUUUUUCGAUACCUUAUGAUUCUGUAAUUUGCUCUUUGUCUUCGUUUUAAAGUGUUAUGUGUGUUUUAUGUCUACAACCUUGUAACUGUGCUGCUGCCUAUCUUGGCCAGGACACUCUUGAAAAAGAGA